AUUCCCUCCUCAGCUUCUCCAUUGCUGGUGAGCUGCUCACUGCUCCUUAGCUCCAGAGUUUUGAUCCUACUUUCUGAUUCUCAGAAAUAAAAAUACGAUAAAACGUUUUGCGAUCGCAGUUGAAUUUCUUUCGAAAAUCUUGCAUUUCCGUCUUCGUAUAAAAUUGUUGAGAGCUGGAAUCCAUCGGACAAUUUGAAGAAGGCGAACGAAAAAGAAGGUGACUUGAACAACGCCGGUGCCGAGAGGGCGAGCUUGGCGCAGCGGAAAGGUUGCUCCUUUGCGACGGGUUCGAGUCGUGGAAAUAGCCUCUUUGCAAAGCAAAGAUGGAGGAGUUGUUAAAGAACCAGAUAUUUGCAAUCCAUGCACUUUCUGGUGUAGGUUCAGUGGCAUUAGGCACAGCUCUUACUUACCCUCUAGAUACAAUCAAAACCCUUAUUCAGGUUGGUUCAGGUUCUAGUAAGCAAUUGACAACUACUCAGGUUUUAAAGAGAGUUGGAUAUUUUUCAGGAAAUUCAGGUUUGUACAAUGGUUUUCUAUGGUUAGCAGCGGGAAGAACUUUGGGGUUGGGAGCUCGUUUUGGAACCUAUGAAAUUUUGACUGCCUUCUAUAAAGAUGGUCGAGAAGAUAACUACGUCUACGUCUCUGAGGCCCUCCUGGCGGGACUUGUUUCUGGUGUUGUAGAAUCACUGAUAAGCUCCCCCUUUGAACUUAUAAAACUUCGUGCCCAGGUGACCUCUGCUUCUCGCAUUCCAAACUCAGCCUCUCUCCCAGGAAAGGAAGCUGUUGCACCUUUGAUUCAAAGAUUGCUACGUGGGUGUAGUCCGGACAUGAAGGCAUUAAAUUCUUCUGUUGCCCUUUUAUCCACCCUAACAACCAAGCAUCCCAAUAUGAUGAGUGCUUUACAAGAGUACCCAUGGAUGAUGACAGGAUCUGGGAAGCCACCAUCAGUGUUCAAUGUCAGGAAACCAUCUGAAAUCAUCUAUUUGGAAGGAUGGGGUGCAUUAUGGAGAGGUCUACGGCCAGGAGUUGUUCGGGAUUCAGUUUUUGGUGGCAUAUUCUUUUCUACUUGGCAAUCUCUACACCGAGCAAUGCUUGACUGGAAGGCAGUGGGGAUGGAUCCUGAACCCAGGUCGGAUGAUGAAAUCGGUCCACUUUCUCCUUUGGCUAUUAGUAUUGCGGCCGGAAUUUCUGGUUCUGUUGCUGCAGCUGCUUCUCAUUGUUUUGACACUGCCAAAUCUCGAUCAGAAUGUACUGUGCUGCCCAAGUAUGUCUCAAUGGAGAGGAAGCUUCUGAAAUGGGGAAGACCAGGGAAUAGGUUUGAGAGAGUUACAGGGAUCCACCCUUCAGACAGGAAUCUCCUGUUCCGUGGCCUUGGGUUACGGAUGGCUCGCAGCGGGAUCGCAUCGUUUGUCAUGGUCGGAAGCUAUUUCUUGGCUGUGGAUCGUCUUGUUUGAAGAGCAAAUUAACAGGUAGAGAAGGCUUAGUUGAACACAUUGAGAAAAAGAAAGAUAGAACUGGAUUUAUACGUGUAUAAGUUAGCUGCUUUGUUAUCUCAUUGAAACUGGACAUCCAGAUACAGCCAAAGGCAUUGAUAAAAGUCAACUUCCUUGGGUUGUACGAUUCUUCCUCCUUUUACCAAAACAAAGCAAAGCUUCUGUCGGAUAACUAUUUUGUUUUUGUUUUUUAUUGCAUAUGCCAGAGAUAUAUAGAAAUUAUAUGAAAAAGAAAGGGAAGUAGCGAAGGAUUAAGGGAGGUGGUGGGAUGUAUUGGCUAAAAGUAAAAUUUAGAGAAGAAAUUGACGUUCUAUGCGAAAUAAACAAAUAAAUCGAAUUUAAGAUCAAAAGAAGAGAAACAUAUACGACGUGUCGUUUCCCCGCUCAAGUAUUGGCAGCUAGGGUUUUAGGUGCAGAGAUUUCCAAAACCUCUGCAGAAUUCAGUUCAUGUCUGAGCUGACAUGAAUACCACACGAAAUUCUCCGACUUAUUCUCCAUAACCCAAUUUUUCCUUUUUAUUACAAUUUACAAUUCACCAAAAAAAAAAAAAAAUGUUGCACGGCGGCGCUCUGCUGAGAACCUCGCCGCUCUUCUCCUUCUUCAUCAAAAUCCCACUCCCCCUAAUCUCCCGAACGUCCCGCUGUUUCUUCCGCCCAAUUCUCAGCUUCCCUAAAUCUAAACCGACCCCAAUUUCUGCCGGCACCUUCUCCAUGGACAAAAGACUCAACCUUUGCACUCUGGCUCUCUCCAACGACUCGCCGUCGCCGUCGUAUCCGGCGGUUUCCAACAAAGCCAAAAGGAAAGCGCGGCGGGAGUCGCCCGAGGGGGUCCUGAAGCACAAGCUAGACAUGUAUUCCAGGCACGGCCAGCUGAUCCAAGCUCUGAGCCUUUACGACGAGGCCAGGAGCAAUGGGGUGCCGCUUGGCCUGCACCAUUACAAUGUUCUGCUCUACCUUUGCUCCUCCAAUGGCGGCGGCGAUGAUGGUGAUGUGGGUUUGAAGAGGGGGUUUGAGAUUUUUCGCCAGAUGGUUGAGGAUAAGGUUGUCCCCAAUGAGGCCACUUUCACCAGCGCGGCGAGGCUGGCGAUCGCGGCGGAGGACCCGGAAAUGGCGUUUCAUUUGGAGAAGCAGAUGAAGGGUUUAGGGAUUCCGCCGAAAUUGAGGUCUUACGAUCCGGCAUUGUUUGAGUUCUGUAAGAAGGGAGAGGCUGAUAGAGCUUAUGAGGUCGAUGCCCACAUGGUUGAAUCCGGGGUCACGGCGGAGGAGCCUGAGAUUUCCGCCUGGAUAAAAGCUAGUACUGAUUCGAGCAGAAGUGACAAGGUUUAUGAGAUGUUGCACCGGUUGCGGACCAUGGUGAGGCAGGUCUCGGAGUCAACUUAUAGGGUGGUGGAGGAGUGGUUUAAGUCCGAGGAGGCGGCGAGAGUUGGGGUGGAUAGUUGGGAUGCGAAUAAGGUGCGGUAAGGAGUUGUGAGAGGAGGUGGAGGGUGGCAUGGGCAAGGGUGGCUUGGGAGUGGGAAUUGGAGGGUGGAGAGGACUCAGAUGGAUGAAGCAGGGAUAUGCUCUUGUUGCGGUGAAAAGCUCGUCUCUAUCGACAUUGAUCCGAAAGAGACUGAGAAUUUUACUACCUCUUUGAGUUGGCUAGCCAAAGGGAGGUUCGGGGUGAUUUUGUUCGAUUCCAGCUGUCCUGAUUGAUUAGAAGUUAAACUCAUCCAGGAGUGGCUUCAAGGGCAUGGUCCAUUCGAUGCUGUUGUAGAUGGUGCCAAUGUUGGUCUUAUCAAUCAACAUAAUUUCAGCUUUUUCCAGCUCAAUACUCUGGUGAACUGGUUACGCCAAAUGAGCCCAUCAAAGAGAUUGCCACUUGUUAUAUUGCACCAAAAUCGUGUAACUGGCGGCCCUGCUCAGAAUCCUAAUAACAAGAGAUUGUUAGAGAGUUGGAAAAAGUCCUGUGCACUUUACGCUACUCCAGUGGGUUCAAAUGAUGAUUGGUACUGGUUGUACGCUGCUGUUAAUUGCAAGUGUUUGCUGGUGACAAACGAUGAGAUGAGAGACCACUUGUUCCAACUUCUAGGGACUAGUUUUU